AUGGUUUGUUUCGAAUGCGGUUUAUACGGCCAUCGCCAAGAUCAUUGUAGCAAGGAAGGUCCCAGUACCGCAACUGUCCAGACGACAAGCGAUAAGGAAACAGGUUCGCAGAACAGCCCGGCGAUAAUUAAACAAGGACCUCCUGGCAAAUAUGGAGCAUGGAUGUUGGUGACGAGGAAAGAUCGUAGGAAUUUCAACAGGAACAAGAACUUUGCAGCCCCAGGAGACCAAAGAAAUGAUCAACAACCCGCAACCAAGGGUAAAGAGCCAGUUGUGGAAGACAUUGUCACUCAAUCCAGAUUCUCGUCUCUUGCGGAUUUAGAGGAAAACCACCAGACCGUACCAACUGUUCAGCCCGCGAUACAGACAUCGUACUCCCAUCCUCAAACCUCACCAAGGAUCAGAAGGAACGAUCCAUCAUCCCGUAACUUGACGGAUCGCACUCAGCCUAUUGAACAAGAUUCUCAACAUCCCUUCCAGUUUCAUUCUCUGCCCAGAAUUAGGACAACGGCCAGACUGGUGUCUAAUGAGACUGACCAGAUAGGCAUGCCAUCACAGCAGAGACCAAGAGCCCUAACAUCAACACCUCGGUACCCAAGGCAAGGAACUCGUGGGGGAUUCAGGGGUCGAGGUGGCAGAGGUGCCACUCCCAAUCAAGCGGCAGCAGAAAGAGAACACACGGUGGUCCAUGGAACGUAUGAAGGGAGAAGCAUUUCAACAACAACUGUUUACCAUGAUGAAGGAACCUCCUCAACAGUGGCAGAACUUGAAAACAACUUCAAACAAAAUCCCCCAGACACGGAUCCGUUACUGUCUACCUCCAGAGAGCCUCCUGAUAUAUCCAUGAGUGAUAUGGACCGUGUUGCUGGCCAAGAUGGCCAUUCUGAUAUAAUGCUGUCAUAUGGAAUUGCCAGGGUGCAGCUUCAAGGAAGCUUCGAUGAGUGGUUUCGAAUCGAAGCAGUAGGCUUUUCUGGAAGAAUUUGGGUUCUUUGGAAGAACUCCCUCUCAAUUGAGAUCUUAUAUACUCACCCUCAAUUUGCUCUUUUACAGGUUAAAGAAACAUCUACCCAAAUAUGGACACUUGCGGUGGUUUAUGGAAGUCCAAACCACACUCUACGCAGAAGACUUUUUGCUGAUCUCACAGCUGAAGCAUUAGAACUUAGAGGACCUUGGCUCGCUGCUGGAGAUUUUAACUCAGUGACAUACUAUGAGGAAACCACCAAUCCUGCUAGUUACUCCCAAGCUAGGUGUUCAGAUUUCAAUAAGUGGAUCUUUCAAGAAGGCCUGAUUGACCUAGGUUUUGAAGGCCCCCAAUAUACAUGGAUGAGAGGAAAUAGCCCAGAAACAUUCAGGGCAGCUCGCCUCGAUAGAGCAUUAAGUAACAUUGAUUGGAAGCUGGAUUUUCCGAACGCUACAGAGAAGCAUCUACCAAUAAUCGGUUCAGAUCAUGCCCCUCUCCUCAUCAACACAGACAAAGUUGCGCAAGUAUUUAGAACUAAGACCUUCAGGUUCAAUAUGGCAUGGACAACACACAAUGACUUCAAUAAACUAGUUGCACAAAACUGGAAUAAUGAUCUAGAUUUAUCCACCGACAACCAGAAUAUGGCAGAAGCACUAUAUAAGUGGAAUAGGGAGUCCUUUGGCAAUAUCCACCAAAGGAAAAAACGCCUCUUAGCUAGAAUUGAAGGAGUACAACGAAAUCUGGCCAGACAUAAUCGGGCUGAUUUACUACGAUUGGAGAAGAAUUUACGCGGAGAAUUAGAUGAGGUGCUAUAUCAAGAAGAGCUACUUUGGUUUCAGAGAUCAAGAGAAUAA